AUAUUUCUAUCUUAAACCGUGGUUAUUACUUAUUAUCAUCUUGUAAUGAUUAACUUUUAUACUUUUAUACAAAUCGACUUAAAAAUAUAUUUCAAAUACCUACUCAAUUUAGCUCAAAUGACAAUUAUUAGUAAUUUUAUGGUUUAAUAUUUAAAUUUUAAGUCUGUGGAGGAGUUAAGAGAUAACUAUUAAUAUAUUUUAACUUUUACAUUUUACUAUUACUCUUGGUAUUUAAAAAAAUAAUGUCUGAACAUUUUAUUACACAAGAUAUAAUAGAAUGUUCUGAUGAUGAAAAUUACGGUUUUAAACAUAACCAGAUGAAUGAAUGUUAUCCUGAACCAUCCGAAAUUUAUUCGUUGUACAAAACUUUGGAGUCAGCUAAUGUUACAUCUUUAAAACUAGAAUGGACUUGUCCCGGACGAAGGGAAUUAACACCAGACGAUAGUCAAGUAUCUCAGAGUAGUACUAAUGAACUUUGUGAUAUUGCAGAAUCAUUGGAUCAAUCCGAUUUUGAUUUUGAAGAAGAUAUAUCACAUAUGAACUUAAAUCGUAUGGAUGGUAAAAAAGAAUUAAAAGGAAGUGCUAAGAAGAAGACUACUAGUUUAGAUGCAGUCUUAUCAAAUAUGGCUAGACAUCAAAAAUUAGAUAAUAUGCUUGAUGAAAAAUUUGAUUCAUUAUAAAAUAUAACCGUUUUAGGUAAAGUUAAGUUUAA